AUGGCCGAGUAUAAGAAGAUCCUCGGGGAGGACUCGCAAUCCAGCGACAACGACUCUGUUGCCGCUGAAGGAUGGACGAAAUAUGACCACCUCCGAAAUUUUGGCGUCAGGACCGUGAUUUUUAUCCUCUUUGUGCAAGUUAUCACAUACCUCGCGAUUGUUCUGCUCCUAGCAUGGAUCCUCAAAAAUCAAGGUUCAUACCAAAACUUGAACGGGAAAAAUUCAGAGAAAACGGCUAUCAAUCAAACUCGCACAGAUAUCACAUCUUGCGGACGUACGCCUGCUGAAGCCAUCGCAGCUCAUUGCUUCUUCGACAUUUUCCUAUUUGGAUGGACUCCGCCAGAAUGUACGGACUUGCAACUUUAUAAUGAGAGCCUGACGACUUUGAACUCCCAGCUAGAAGGUUCUCCAGCAUUCUACACCCUUUCCAGUUCUAGCUCUGCACUUCCAUCUUCAAAGUACACCCCGCUGUCUUUUUCGACAAUAGAAAACUAUGCGCUAGGCGCAACAUCCGCUACAGAUUCUGAGCUCCUCACAAAUGGCGAUGAAGUGUUCGCAACAUGGGAGCAUUAUCUAGUUUCAUGCACAUAUGGAUGGCAAAAGGUGCAAAGAGCGGCGAUGAGAAAUUGGCCAUUGGAGGAGUGGUCGGCAAGUUAUGCAUUAGCAGCACACUGCGGACCUGAUUUAUUGACAAGGGAAAAGCGUGAAAGCGAGAGUAUCGUGUCACGACAUACACCUUGGUAUCCAAGGUGUGGGUUAGAAGCAAAGGACCUGAGGAGAGAAAUUGCAGACACAAUCUAG